GGCAGCGCACGUCUCUAAGUAAACGGAUAAAAACCAAACAACAAUAAGAAGAAGAGGAAGAGCAACAACAGUCAUAAUAGAGAGCAACACAAAUUAUCCUUAUCCGCACAAUAUUAUCUAUCAGCAUGCUGCUCUGGCAUCGGGUGGCUCAAGUGCUGCCAUUGCUGCUGCUUCAGCUACUCCUCGAUCUAACGGAACUGCCCAGUGCAGCGGCCUGGCUGAAGUUUAACAGCUACACGGCGCUCAGCAAGAAGCGCACGGAUCUGCGCAAAAAAUGCCCAAACGUGCGCGCCAUACGCAACUUUGAUCUGGAGCUAAUGAUGGGCAAUUGGCAUGUGGUUCAAUAUUACGCAUCCACCGAGGAGCUGCCCGAGUAUGCGUGUAUGCGCAGUAAUUUCGCCUUCUCCAGUGAGGAUCAGCACAUAACCAUGAAUUUUAGCUACAUCUAUGCGGAGGAUCCGCUGCGCGAGAAACUACAGGGCAACAUCACAUGGCUAAUACCGGACUUUGGCACGCCCGGUCACUGGAUGCACACUGAGGAUAUAUAUGAGGGCAUCUAUAAUACCUAUGUACUGGACACGGACUAUAAAAAUUGGGGCCUGAUUAUGCACUGUGCCGAGAAGAAAAAGCAUCCACGCUAUUUAUCCGCAUUGUUGUUGUCGCGACAACCAACACUGGGCGAUAAUGUGAUAACAUUUUUGCGAGAGAAAUUGCCAAGAUACGAUAUUGACUUAUCUUUCAUGUUUGCCAUCAACCAAACAUCGUGCGAGCAUUUGAUGGAGUCUAGCAAAGAUGAUCCAUUGGCUUAUAUAGUAAAUGGUCAGCAGAGUGUUGCCAAUAACAUUAAGCUCAUUAAUAAACCAUGAAAUUAAAAUUUUUAAUCAAUA